AUGGCGCCAACCUCAAAUAUCCACGCUCGAUCGCAUAGUCUGCUUCUCUUACAAAAGCUCCUCAACCUGCGCGAUGGUGCAAGUCCUCUUACCCUCUUGAUCGACAAUCUCGAACAGCCUGCGCGACCAAUUCUCCGCGAGUUUGUAUCACGAGCAAAAAUCGCAAAGACACAAGUCAUCUUCUUGUCGAUAGUGACGCUUAAGAAACCACAAGAUGCAGACGUUUUCAUAAAGGCUAUGGGGAGAGAUCUUCAGGGUGUGCGAAAGGACUUGCUAAAUCAUUACCCUGCGUUCAACCCUUUGGUAGACAAGGGCAAGCCCACUCAAAACUCACUCAACGCUCUGGCUUCCGCGGCUCCACAGUCUCUGGCAAGCUUCCUGUCAAGCAUCAUCACACCCGCUGUCUCUAUCGUCGCCACAUAUCAUGACGACGUGCCCAUUGUUCUACCACGAUCCUUCAGCGAGUACGAGCCUCAUCCUUUGACAGUCUUGUGUCAUUUGGCCACAGCUAUUCUCAGACUAUCGAGUUUGUAUCAAGAGAUUCAACGUCAAAAGGCACGGAAUCGAAGCAUCCAGGAGCCUGAAUGGGGUCUGAACGAAGAUCGCGAGGGACUGCUCGUCGGCCUCGGAGAGAAGGGCAAGGACCGAAAUGAAGACAGCACUGGAGUUGUAAUCUUUAUGGAAUUGCGACGACGAAGCGGAAGAACUGUAUCUGAAAAGUUUAUCCUCAGCCCCAAGGGUUCAGCAGCAGCAGCUUUGCCCGGCAAAGUGUGCUUGCUUGCAGACCAUCCUAUGUUUACGACACCAACGGAUAGUGGUGAGACAGGCGAUGGAGAGGAAGAGCCUGAGAGUACAUUCAACCUUGGCUUGACGGAAAAGCAACGCAAGGAUAGGGAGGGUAUUGUGCUACCCUACUUUGAUGCGCAAACAGACAUUGGAGCAGGCGAGGGAGGGAGGAUUCUUUAUGAGAUGGGCAGAGAGGAUGACUUUGAUGAUGAAGAAGAUGAGAUAUGA